GUGCUGUCUGUCUGUCUCUCGGCAUAGAAGGAAGGGUUUCCACCUUCUUUACUCGAAAAGGCCUUUGCUCACCCACCCGCCGCCGUCCAUCACAAAGUUUGGUAGGUUCCCUCGUGCCAGCUCGGGCAGAGAACCCCUCCCUAGGCUCUCUUCUGGUGUCGACAAGCAGCUGCCCGGUGAGUUCGUUAGUGGUUCGGUUCCAUCCCCAACCGCGGAGCCGCACGCACUCACUCGGGCUUGGGCGACCCCAAAUAUAUCGCACACCUCGCCCACAUCACCCACCUCGCUCGCUCGCCCACACCUGGCCUCCCGCCGCCUGCCUUUUUUUUCCUUCCCGCCCUCGGCUCUCCUCCUCCAUCUCCCCUCUCCUGCCGGACGGUGCGCAUCAUCUCGGCCCUCACCCUCUCUUUCUCGCCCGCCUGUUUUGUCUUUUCGCGCGCGCGCCUGGCCCACCAGAGGCACCAUCACGACUACAUCACGCGGCAGCCGCCAGAACCCACGCGCGAUACAUACGUUACCUACCUUAGUAGUACAGCACCAGCACGCCUCCGCACAUACAAAGGUAUAUCCUCGGUCGCGAGAGCCGCAUUCCCUGCGGUAGCCGGGCCUGGCCUCCGCUCCUCGGUUUCCUCCACCCCGCGUUUCUCGCUCGCUUUCCCCGUUGACCGACUGAGCAACUGACGGUAACCCACCCACCCGACACUUUUUGCGCCGUCCCGGUCGCGAGCGCGCGCUUGCUCCAGCCUGCAGCCUCCAGCCUCCAGCAAUCCCCCCUCCAGCGCUGCAGCAGUGCGCCCGGCGACACAAGCCGCCUCCUCGUCCAUCUCGGUGUCUUCUUGUCUUGCGGGCGCCCGCAACUUUGGGGCUCUGUCCCCCCAUCGUCCCCGUGCCACCGCCGUCGCCCGACCAUCGGCACAGCUGCGGAGCGGCCUGCCUGCGCCUGCAGCUGACCCGUCUGUCGCGCUUGUCGCGCCUGUCGCAGUCGCUGCGCUGAUAGUUGUGCCUUUGAUCGCCAUCCUACCCGCGCUCCUUUUGCCUCCCCGCCGAUGAUGCGCUCCUGACCCCCCCGUCGUCGGCCAACGUCUCUCCCCUUCCGCUCCCCCCCCGAUUUGCGCCUUCUUCCACUUCGAACCUCACCUCGCGCGGUCAUGGAUCCCGUCCACAGCCUGGCCGAGGCUGCCCUCAACUCGGCCCCGCCGGCUCAUCAAGAGGCGCUUCAUCAUCCUAGCGACGCCUCGGCUCCGGUCCCGGCUCCGGCUGCUUCUCCCGCCCCGGGACACGCCCGCUCGCAGCAACAGACCACCUCCGGACUCGCCUCGUCCCUGUCUCCAGCCGUCUCGCCCACUUCCAUGCCCAGGCCAGAUGAUACGCCCUCGCGGCUACCCAUCUUUUCUCCCGCCAAUUCAACCAUGCACCUGCCGCAUCCCGGCUCCCCCCCGCCGCGCAAGGACACUACCUCGUCCAUCUCGACCCAGGCCACCACGGCCACCAUGGCCUCCACGGAGACCAACAACACAUCGUACAGUGCCGACACCUCCCCCAGCUUGCACCAGUCCAUUUUCUCCGUCAAGGAUGGGGCCGACGUCUCUAACACGCGCCGCACCAGCAGGAGACGCACCGGGCCCCUAUCCCAACAGUCCAGGGAGCGGGCUGCCUUGAUACGAAAGCUGGGCGCAUGCGCCGACUGUCGUCGCCGGAGAGUUGCCUGCCAUCCCAGCCACCACAACUUGACGUGGGAGGAUCUUGUCAGCAAGUUCCACAGGUCUCACAGCCCCAGCAUCCAGGACAUCGCCCCUUCUUUUGCUCCCGGCCGUGCUCUGAGUCCCACUGCCUCGCUGGGUGCUUCCCAGGUGGUCUACGCCGGCGACCCUCAAGAUAUGGAGGUGGACUCUGGCACACAAUCUCAUCAUCAGCCCGGCAGACCCCCCUUGAGUGAGUCGCGGAUCCGCACGCCGCUGCCUUCCGGCCCUCGCCUGGAAAAGUCUCUUUCGCUUCCGGGCAUUGAGAGCCUCAAGAACGAGUUGCAGGGCAAUGUGCCUCGCAUGCUCUCCACGUCCAACCGCGGCCGCUACAACGCCGUCCAGGCUCUCUUGCUCUUCUGGCAAGAUGACGAUGACGCGACCACCGUCCAAGGCGCGGUCAAAGAAUUGGCUGAUGUCCUCGACAAAUACUACCAUUAUACGUUUCAGAUCCAGACCAUACCAUCCUCCUCCGACGGCUGCAAGAGCUCAUGGAGAUGGCUGUCGCGACAGCUCAACGAAUUCGCUGAGGAUCGCGACCAGCGCGACGUUUUGAAGAUUGUCUAUUAUGCGGGGCAUACGUACCUCGAUGGCAACAGAGAGAUGAUUCUAGCCAGCUCCAGAGAUGGUGUCAGGGCCUCCACCAUCCGGUGGAACGGUAUUCAGCAAAUACUGGAGGAGGCUUGCUCCGACACGCUCAUCAUAAUGGACGCCGCCUACUACCCAUCCUCGAGAAUGGUCCGACAAAAGGGGGUUUUGGAACUCAUUGCCGCAUCCGUCUCAGAGGAACACGUGACGGCGCUCGGACGGUGCGUCUUCACGCGGGCCCUCGUCGACCAACUCCGAACUCGAGCGACUCGAUCGACACCGCUGUCUGCCGCAGAACUCCACUCUAUUCUUCUCGCGGCCUAUCCAAAGUUGAUCCAAGACAGAAACCCUGAAAAGGAGAUGUUGACGAGCUUCCCGGCCCCGUUACACACCAUGAUGUCGGGCAACUCACGACUGCCGUCAAUAUUUCUAUGUCCGGUUUAUCAGAGCAGCCCGCUCAGGAACAGUUUUUCGUACGAGAACAGCCCGCAGCUCCACCUCUCCAUCAAGCUUCACGACGAUAACGUCGACGUCGACAGUUGGAAUGAGUGGCUGCGGCUAAUGCCCGACGGCAUCAAGGACGUCAAGGUCGACGGACCUUUUCGGACCUCUUUCAGGUAGCGCGGUGACACGCGCCUGGUGCCCUUUUUUUUUUUUCCUUCUCUCGACUCGGGCUGGUCGCGUAGCCGUUGUGCGCAAGAUGUCCAAAAGUCACUACCAAGUGUACGACGUAUGGUUGUUCGAUUCUUCGUUUCAUAUUUGACUACCUGGACCGUCACGGCCCCGGGAGCUCUACUUAGGUUCGGUUUGAUACAAUGGCGGCUUGUGGGACGAGUACAUGAUCGAGCUGUACAUGGCAUUUUUGAUUUACGUGAAGCGACUAGGAUAGACUCGGUCGCGAACGAAUGGAUGCUGAGACGAUUUCCUGUGUCUUGCUUUAGAGCUAUAAAGCCGGAAACCGGGCGGCGAUGCCGAUGCUUCAGAGUCUGAGUCGGGUGUCGACGAGUACGAAUGCGUCUCUCUUGGUGAGGGAGGCAUCUAAGUACAUAGGCUCUACCUCAAAAAGUAAAGAGACCACGAUCGCAGUCCCCCGCCGCGCGAUUUGCCG